AUGACGACCUUUCGAAAAGCCUUCAUUGCCGCCAUCGUCAAGAGCCUGCUGCGAGGCAAGUCUCUGAUACAGGCCAUCCUCUCCUACUGGAUCAAGCCCCUGGGCCCCAACGGCUCCGCCUCGAAGCGCAAGAAGGCAUCCAAGAGCCUCCAGGAGUUCCUCAAGGAGGCCGAAGCAGCUCUGCUCGGCCCCGUCAGCGGAGAUGGCCUCCUGCAACUAUCCGCCGGCUUGAAGACGCAGUUCUUCGAGCGCCUGCAAACCGACAUGGAGUGCAUGCUACCUUCUUACAGCCACCAGCUGCCUACUGGUGGCGAGGCCGGCCAGUACCUCGCCCUCGAUGUCGGCGGAUCAACCCUGAGAGUCGCCCUGGUCGAGCUGCGAGGACGCGAGGCCGAGGAAGGAAAGCAGAGCGAGAUCGUGAGCAUGCGCAACUUCAAAAUCGGAAAGCCUAUCAAGGACCUCGAGGGCAUGGCCUUCUUCGACUGGAUGGGUGAACGGAUACAAGAGGUUGUUUCAGCUGGCCUCAACCGGGGGCACAGCCUGGAGAAGCCCUUGCCUGUGGCUCUGGCCUGGAGCUUUCCCAUCGAGCAAACGUCGCUCGGUGGCGGCAAGCUGCAGAGGAUGGGCAAGGCUUUCCUGGCAGACAAGGGACUGUUGGGCGAGGAUCUGGGCGAGAUCGUGAAGCAGUCGUGCAAGAAGCAGGGCCUCAACGUCGAGCUGGGAGCCAUCCUCAACGACUCCAGCGCCUGCCUUCUAUCCCGAGCGUACUCGUACACGUCAACUCGAUUUGGCCUGAUCCUCGGCACCGGCGUCAACAUGGCUGCCUACCUUCCCGUCCUGAGCAUCGGCCGGCCCAAGUUUGGCUCCCGACCCAUAGGAUGGUUCAGCCAAGCGAGCCAUGUCAUUGUCAACACUGAGCUCGGCAUGUUUGGGCACAACAUCCUGCCCAUGACGAGGUGGGAUCACACGCUCACCAAAGAGCACCCGCGGCCCGACUUUCAGCCUCUCGAGCACGAGGUCAGCGGCAUGUAUCUUGGAGAGAUCGCGCGUCUCGCUCUGCUCGAGGCUAUUGAGACUACGGGCAUGCUUGGCGGCGUUGUACCGGCGUCUCUGAAGACCUCCUACUCGCUCGGAACCGACACUCUCUCUAUGAUUGAAGCCGAUACUACCCCUGAGCUCACCGAGGCCAUCAAGCUCUUCUCUGAGCGACAUCCUUCAUCUCACAUCCCUACCACAUCAGACAUGCUGGCAAUCAAGGCAAUCGCUUCGUUCAUUUCGAUACGAUCCGCCGCCAUCGUGGCCACAUGCGUCUUCACGCUGUGGGACUGCCGACUAGAGGCCGAGGCCGCCUAUGUUUCCACUCUUCCCGAGUCCUCACCUGAGCGGCUCAAGGUCGAGGCGGACAUGAAACUCGAGAAGACGACUGUUGCAUUCAACGGAAGCGUCAUUGAGAAUUAUCCCAGGUACCUCGACACGUGUCAGCGCUACAUUGACGAGCUGGUCGACAGCAAGGGCAUGGCCGAACCCCGCAGCAUCCAGCUUGUCCCGGCCAAGGAGAGCUCGCUAAUGGGCGCGGCCGUCGCGCUGGCCUGUGUUGAGCACGACGUUUAA